AUACAGUCUAUUCAAAUUAAACAACCAUAAAGUUUGCACCCUUCUUUCAAAGCUGCAGUUUUUUUACAUGUGUGAAAAAUGUGAUUAUCUACUACUGGGGAAACAAAUGGGUUUGUUUCACAAUACAGUGAUUCUUUUUUUGUUAAUCUGCGGUGUUAGUUUGACAGUUUUCUUGAGUUUAUUAUUCGACAGUACCACAUUUCCAUUACCAAAACUCCAGAAACCACUUCCAGUAGCUGAUAAUGAAUUGUUUCCAACAAGUAUGGAGUUGCUGGACCUACCACAUUUCCAGUACAUCAUAAAUAAUGAUGUCUGCUUGUCCACCACUACCAUUUUUGCUAUACUUAUAAUUACCUCACAUGCUGGUGACAUUGAGGCUCGUAGUGCAGUGAGACGUGCUUACCCUGCAGAUGAACUGAAACGGUUGGGUAUAUAUCGUGUUUUUCUCCUAGCUGUUUCUAAUCCUAAACAUGACAUUCGAUAUAAUUCAGUGUCUCAGAAUGCUUUAGUGGAUGAAAAUCGUCGAUAUUCUGAUUUGGUCCAAGGAAACUUCAAUGAAGCCUACCGUAAUUUAACAUACAAACAUAUGAUGGGUCUUCAGUGGGUAACAAUGUACUGCCAGCAAGCUCAGUAUGUCAUCAAAAUAGAUGAUGAUAUUGUUGUUGACUUGUACAGACUUCUAAGUAUAAUGAAUUCAAUUGUACGUGAUCAAAGGCCAUUGUUAAUGGGUUACCUAUUAAAAGGAAUUCGGCCAAUUCGGGAACAUGCAAGUAAGUGGUUUGUUACACAAUCAGAAUUUCCUGGGCCAACGUAUCCACCAUUCCUCUCUGGUUGGUUGUAUAUAACAACACCAAAAGAUUCGAAGACCUUGGUCGAAGCCUCAAAAACUGUCCGUUACUUCUGGAUCGAUGACACGUAUGUCACGGGACUUCUAGCGCAAGUUGUGGGUAUCUCUCACCAGGAUAUACAUCAAUAUUUUACUUUACAUCCCGAAUACCUAGAAUGCUGCAUCCAAGAUGAGAUCCAUCUGUGUGAUUACAUAGUUGGACCCAGUGGUGGUGACCACGUAUUAUUACUAAAUUUCCAGAGGCACGCGGUUAGCUGUCAAGAACGAAAGUGUCUCCAGAGAUCAUCACACAGAGCUCUCAACAGAACAUGUGUUGCUAAAAGAAAAAUUUCAUCGUUAAGACAGGGUCACGGUGAAGUCAAACCAGUGCGUAUCUUCUGAUUCAGUCGAUCUGAACGCGCUUAUGUUAAAUGCGAGGGGUGAGAAUCAAAAACAUUUUAUCUGGCCAUGUACGAUUACAUUUUUGACCAGAAUGGAAGCAAAUCCAACACUGGAAAAUAUAUAGUAUACCAUAGUAACUAAA